AUGUUUCUGAGAAGCGCUAUUGAGAGGAUACUCUCCGAUCGCGAUAUUAAGAAAAAAGAAAAUUUACAAUUGAAAAAAGCAUGCGAAAAUGUUAUCGAAGAAUUAAAAGCAGAAAGUGUUUAUACUAGUGGCGAAAAUAAUAAUGGUGUAGUACUGCCGGAUAAAGAACAAAUAGUCGAAGCCGAUCGUUAUUUCUUACCAUUCGAAUUGGCAUGUAAAUCAAGAAGCCCAAAAAUUGUCAUCACUUCUCUCGAUUGUCUUCAGAAAUUGAUAGCAUAUGGACACCUUACUGGGCGUGGAGCGGAUUCAUCAAAUCCUGAGCGCAAGCUAAUUGAUCGGAUUGUAGAAGCUAUCUGUUCAUCGUUUGUAGGGCAAGGCACUGAUGAAGCAGUUUUAUUGCAAAUAAUCAAGGCCAUAUUGGCGGUGGUUCUCACGAAUAAUUGCGAAGUUCACGAAGGCUCACUUCUUCUUGCCGUACGGACAUGCUUUACUAUUUUUCUUGCAACAAGAAGUCCUAUCAAUCAAUCGACGGCGAAAGGAACUCUCACUCAGGUAAUCAACGCUGUAUUUGCAAAUAUGGAGCGCGUAGGCAAUACGAAGGAUGAUACCGUUAUUGUUAGCGAAGUAGUCGAAUUCCUUGUCACUUCAGCAGUGACUCUUGCAAUGGAAUCUUUUGACGAUGGUGAAUCUCGCAGUAUUCGCGGUGCUGGUGCCUCUACAAUUUGGGGAGAUACUGAAGCAAAUCCGCCCGAAGAUCAUAUCACUUUUCCUAACGUGGAGCAAAAAGACGCAUUCUUAGUCUUUCGCGCCCUAUGCGUGCUCGCGCAAAAGGAAGAAGGUGAUGCUAGUGAUCCAAGGAACACCCACCUCAAUUCAAAGAUGCUUGCCUUAGAAAUGUUACUAUUAGUUCUGCAAAAUUCAUCUACGGUAUUACAAAAUGCUCAGCCUUUUAUCCUUCUAAUCAAAAAGUCGCUAUGUGUUGCUCUGUCUCGGAACGCCGUUUCGUCAAACGUGAAGGUAUUCGAGAAGUCGCUUGCAAUCUUCGUGCAAUUACUGGACAAGUUUAAAAUACACUUGAAGUUACAAAUCGAGGUUUUCUUCAAAGAAAUCAUCAUAUCUAUGCUUGAAUCAUCGUCGUGCUCUUUCGAACAUAAAUGGAUUGUUCUUCAUACUAUCGGCAAGAUUCUCGCGAACCCUCAGUCAGUAGUAGAUCUAUAUGUUAACUACGAUUGCGAUUUGACCGCACACAAUGUUUUUGAAAAUCUCGUUGAUGUAGUUUCCAAAACUGCCAGAACUACUAUCAACGAAAAUUCUCCUGUCAUCCAAAAAGAACGGGAACGUGCAAUGCGAUUGCUCGGGUUGAGUUGCUUGACAGACCUCCUGCAGUGCCUGGUCGACUGGUUUGAUGUGUGUGAGACAACGAAAAACCACAUGUUGCGGGAACGUGCAGAAGCGGAAAAUGAGGAUACCGAUGCAGAUCUGCCUUCUUCGCCUACUGUGCAUAGAUUUGUUCACCUCAAGCAGAAGAAGGAACUGAUGGAACAUGGAAUCAUGCUAUUUUCCCGCAAACCAAAGCAGGGCCUGGCUUUCUUGCAAGAGCAUGGAUUUGUUGGCACUGAACCAAAUGAGAUCGCGGACUUCCUCAUGAAAGAAGAUCGUCUGGACAAAACUGUGGUCGGAGACUUUUUGGGAGAUCCUGAUGAGUUCAAUAAGCAAGUCAUGUAUGCGUACGUCGAUGACAUGGAUUUUUCUUCUCGUGAUUUCGUCUCCGCUCUUCGUUUGUUCCUUGAAAAGUUCCGAUUACCGGGAGAGGCUCAAAAAAUCGAUCGACUCAUGGAAAAAUUCGCUUCACGGUAUUGCGAAUGCAAUCCGAGCCUUGGCUUGUUUGCAUCCGCGGAUACUGCUUACGUCCUUGCCUACUCAAUAAUCAUGUUAACUACCGACUUACACAGUGCACAGGUAAAAAGCAAGAUGACAAAGGAACAGUAUGUGAAUAUGAAUCGGGGAAUCAAUAAUGGCGCAGACCUGCCGCCUGAUGUCUUGUGCGCAAUUUACGAUGACAUUUCGACUAACGAAAUAAAGAUGAAGGCCGGAGCUAGCAAACUUCUCAAAAGUGAGUGGUUUGACUGUAUUACAGCAAGGAAAGCUGGUGCUGGAGAGAACGAUAAACAACGUCGAGCCAUGGCCUCGUUAGAGCUUGCAGCCAUGUCCGAAACAGCCAGGGCUCUCAUGGAAAGUGCAAGUAAUUCAGCGGCCGAUUUCACAUCAGCACAGCAUCAACACCAUGUGCGGCCUAUGUUCAAAAUUUGUUGGACUCCGUGCUUGGCAGCGUUCAGUGUGGGCUUGCAAAUGUCAGAUGACGUCGAAGAAUGGUAUCUCUGUAUACGUGGUUUCCGCUUAGGAGUCCGUGCUGCUUGUGUUCUUCGAGCAAAGUUGGAGCGGAAUGCUUUCAUUCAGGCCCUUGCCCGAUUCACUCUUCUUACUGCUAAGAAUGCUCUGGGAGAAAUGAAGGAGAAGAACAUCGAGGCCAUUAAAUUGCUCUUAGCCAUUGGUGACGAAGAUGGCGACUAUCUCGAAGAUAAUUGGAUAGAUGUCAUCAGAUGUAUUAGCCAGCUUGAGCUUGCACAACUGAUUGGAACUGGCUUAGGUGCCAGCGGUAAGGAGGACAAGGAGAGCAGCCGGCAGUAUGUGAUGAAGAGUACGGGUGCUCUCGAUGAGCGAACUUUGGCUACCCUUCAAGGUGCACUUGGCGAAACCAGCUCUCAGGCAGUUGUUGUUGCAGUUGAUAGAAUCUUCCAAGGCUCAUGCAGACUGUCCGCUGAUGCUAUAGUCGCUUUUGUUCGUGCUCUCUGUAUAGUUUCUAAGGAAGAGUUGAACCAACCAGCAGCUCCACGCAUGUUCCUUCUAGGGAAACUUGUUGAAGUGGCUUUCUACAAUAUGGGCCGUAUCCGCUUAGAAUGGCGACGGAUAUGGGAAGUGGUCGGCGAACACUUCAACAUGGCGGGUUGUAAUGCAAGCGAAAUUGUGGCUCACUAUUCCGUAGAUGCACUGAGGCAGCUGGCAAUCAAAUUCCUCGAGAGAGGAGAACUGCCAAACUUCCGUUUCCAAAAGGACUUCCUGAGGCCGUUUGAGGUCAUUAUGGCGAAAAACCGUUCAGCCCCUACAAGAGAGUUGGUCGUUGCGUGUUGCACAAACUUGGUUGAGGCUCAUGCUCCCCGAAUAAAAUCCGGAUGGCAAAAUUUAUUUUCUGUCUGGACCCUGGCAGCCGGUGAUCUACAGAAGGACAUAGUUGAAGCUGCUUUCUUGGCAAGCUCUAGAGAAGCACUGAAGUGUUUGGCGGAGUUCGCAUGCAACACAAACCACCCAGACAUGAACAUGGAAGCGAUACGACUGAUCCGAUCAUGUGCUGAAUACGUUUCUACGAAUCAAGAACGCAUCAUUGAUGCUCCUUGGGAAGAGUCGUGGAGCGUGUCCGGUGACCAGCGUAUAUGGCUUCGUGGCUGGUUCCCGAUUUUCUUUGAGCUCAGCUGUAUAAUAAAUCGAUGCAAAUUGGACGUGCGCACCAGAAGCUUGACCGUAAUGUUUGAAAUAAUGAAAAGCCAUGGCAGUGAGUUUCGCUCAGAGUGGUGGCGUGACCUGUUCAAUAUUGUGUUUCGGAUAUUUGACCAUGCCAAAUUGGACGAGAAUCGGGGAGACAAGAAAGAGUGGAUGAUGACGACAUGCAACCAUGCGAUGUAUGCCAUUGUUGACGUUUUCACGCAGUUUUUCCCGCAACUUUGUGAUCUGGUGUUGCCAUCAAUUUACGAGCAGUUCGCUGUUUGCAUACAGCAGAAGAACGAGCAGUUGGCGCGAUCGACAGUGAACUGUCUUGAGACUCUAAUAUUGCUGAAUGGUGCACGUUUUACGAACGAGAUGUGGGAACGCACUGUACAGCUUCUGCGUCGUCUCUUUGCUGCCACGCUUCCCAAAUCCCUGCUGACAUGGCAACCUGAUAAGCAGUCCAGUCCUCAUGGAGCACCUGAGGAUUUUGAGGAAAAAGUACCGAGCAUAGAUGGAAGGCCGAAUGGUUCCAUCCAUCCUGAUGCUGCAUUCUCGGAACAAAUUGUUUUUUGUGUUGUUCAGUCGGAGUUAGUGGAUGCGGUGACUUCCACUGUAUUGGGAACUAAAAAGAGCACAGAGGAAGUUCUGCUUAGUACUCCUACAGCUAAAAAUGAUUUAAAUGGUCCAGAUUACGAUGAAACUCUCAAUAACGGGUUGUUUAACACAAUGGAUCCGAUACUAUUGUUGAGCCUGUGUGAUGCGCUAGGAGAAAGUCAGCGAUUAGCAAAGCAAUUCAACGACAACAAUGGUCAGCGAACCUUGCUGUGGAAAGCAGGUUUGCGUGGCUCAAGUAAACCGAAUCUAAUCAGGCAAGAGACCCACGCCUUAAGAGCAAUGUUGGCCAUUUUAUUGCGGCUCUUGAAUGAUCCUCGAUCUGCUCCUGUACAGGAACAAGUUGCUAAAGGCGUACUUUCUGUUGUUUCGGCUGUGUUGCGUGGGUAUGGCGAAGCAGUAUCAGAUGCUCGUCGAACAGCGUACGCUCCAGUUGUUUGCGAAUUGCUACGAGAAUGUCUCCGUCUGCCUAAACAUUUGCUGCCGGCAUUAGGUGCUGAGUUUCCGCUCCAUCUAUGCGAACUAGUCGAAACUGCCGAAGGCCAGCCCCUGAGGUCCCUUUUGGCCACUCUGCUCCGACAGUUCUUGAUGGCCAAGAAUUCUUGGGGAGUAGAAGACAAAUCGAAAGCGAUAAAUGGCGUCUCAGACUCGGCAGCUGAUUGUAACGAAAUUUAA